CUGCCGGCACACCCGUGACCACCACGAGUCCCUUAUGGGACCCUAUCGCUCAACCUGUGACCUCCAAUGCGCGUCUGGAUUCGCCGCUUGCUUCUAGUACAUUCACUAACGGGACGAACGGCCGACGACAUUCCUCAUACACUUCCUCACACGUUUAUGACUGGCAUAAAGCUAAAUUGGCUCUUCUGCUCUGCUGAUAAGGCGGAAUCUCCUGGAUUCUCGCAAGCUUUCUUCCUUGAUCCCGAGCAUGCGGGCAUCAGCUGACCGUUCAUAAUGAACCAGGGGCACCCUGGCUAACACAUACCCUUUUUCACAUAUAAAAGCGUUUUCAAGGCCAUGGGUUCUGAUCACUGUACCUCGUCAUUCCGCGAUGCUAGCUACAAGAUUCUUCCGUACUGCUACGAAGAGCCUAUCGGUCUGGAUGCAGCCACGAAGGCAGCUUCAGAUCCCUCAUUCAAGCCCAGACCACGGAUCUUCGACGAGUUCGCCCUCACGGAUCGCGUGAGCGUGAUCACAGGGGCAAGCCGAGGCAUCGGACUCGACAUCGCUCUCGCGCUUGGCGAAGCGGGCUCUCGCGCCGUGUAUUGUAUAGACAUUCCAGACCAACCCUCAGAGGACUGGAAAAUCUCCCGAGAUUAUAUACGCAAGAUGGACAAUGGGUCGAGACUCGAGUACGUCCAGGCCGACGUUAGGAACCAGCAGGAAAUAUGGGACAAGGUCGAGGACAUCGCGAAUAAGGAGGGACGUAUGGACGUCUGCGUUGCAAAUGCGGGGAUCUUGCGGUUUGGAACGUAUUGUCUGGAUUGGACGGCUGAGCAGUUCCAGGAGGCGAGUCUUCGUGACGUAAUGGAUGUCAAUACGAAUGGCGCUCUCUUCACAGCACAAGCUGCAGGCCGGCAGAUGAAGCGCUUCGGCCAACCUGGCAGCAUCAUCAUGACUGCGUCGAUUAGUGGACACAUCGUCAAUAAGGGUUGUGAGGGUUUGCCUUAUAACACAAGCAAGUCUGCCGUGCUCCAGAUGACCCGAAGCAUGGCCUGCGAACUCGGGCCAUACAACAUCCGCGUGAACUCGAUAUCUCCUGGCUACAUCCUGACGAAGCUAACUUCAAUGAUGCUUGUGGACGAGCCUGAACUCGUCGACUCCUGGGCGCAGUCGAACCCGAUGGGGAGGAUUGGUAGUCCUCGAGAACUGCGAGGACUUGUAACAUGGCUCGCGUCCGACGCGUCGAGCUUCUGUACUGGUAGCGACAUUCUUAUAACCGCUGGACAUCAUGCAUGGUAACGAAAUCCUUUUUCUUCUGGGUUCAAUAUGUUUUACCUAGGGGUUUCGCGGUGUAUCUAUGUUGGAAAUAUAACAUGGGCC